AAUACACACAUGAGAAGGAGACACCAGACUGCAAGGCCAUAUACUAUUUGUAUGCUCAUUUGGCAAGGGGACCAGCCAGCUACAAACUUUUGGCAACUGGAAGAUGCCAUGAUCCGCAUCUUCACAGUACUGCUUUGUCUUGGACUGAGUCUGCUCUCCAGGAACCUGAGCUUGGCAGGAGGCUCCAAUAAGCCCAUGCUCAGAGCUACACCAAAGAAUGUGGUAGCCAUUGGGGAGCAAGUAACUAUAAUUUGUGAAGACUCACCAGAUGCCCUGGAAAUAUCUCUCUAUAAAGAAGGAAACCCAGAUUCCCAGAAACUAACAAUUCAUGGAGACACUGAUGAAAAGGUGUUUUUUGUCUCAUCCGUUGAAAGUCACAAUGCAGGCCAAUAUUGGUGUCACUAUACUGGCCCUCAUGGUGAACAAGAAGACAGUGACACCCUGGAGAUUGUUGUGACAGGAGUCUACACCAGGAAACUCAGACUUUCAUCGAAGCUCAGCUCUGUGGUGGACUCAGGGGUUGCUCUGACACUUCAGUGCUCCUCACAAGAAAAAUAUGACAGCUUCAUUCUGAUGAAGGAAGAUGUGAAAUUCUCCAGUCCUGUAGCCUCACAGAACACAAACACUGGUCUAUUCCAGGCCCAGUUCCAUGUGCCUCCUGUGACCUCCAACCAAAGAUGGAGGUUCACAUGCUAUGGCUAUUACCAGAACAGCUCCUAUCUGUGGUCAGUACCCAGUAACCACCUAGAACUGGUGAUCUCAGGAAGACUUCAGAAGCCCACCCUGAGAGCUGAUCCAAGCUCUAUGAUUAGCAGAGGGAAUUCUGUGACUAUCUGGUGCAAGGGAACUAGGCAAACCCAGAUAUACUUCCUGCAUAAAGAAGGAACCCCAGAUCCCUUGAAGCAACAGAUUCCUCAGGGGAUCCCUGACAGUGUCAAGUUCUCCAUCACAUCAGUUGAGAGGCAUCAUGCAGGGCUAUAUCGCUGCUACUGUUACAACUCUGCUGGGUGGUCAGAACGCAGUGAGGCCCUGGAGCUGAUGGUGACAGGAGUCUACACAAGCAAAGUCUCCUUGUCAGCCCAGCCCAGCCCUGUGGUGACCUCAGGAGGGUCUGUGACACUUCAGUGCUCCUCACAAGAGAAAUAUAACAGGUUCAUUUUAAUGAAGGAUGGACAGAAAUUCAUCUCGGAUUUACCCUCAAGGAAUACAUACACUGUUGUAUCCCAGGCCCUGUUCAUAGUGGGUCCUGUAACCCCAAACCAGAGAUGGAAGUUCAUAUGCUAUGGCUAUUAUGUGGACAACUCUCAGACAUGGUCAGUACCAAGUAACUAUCUAGAACUCCUGGUUUCAGGUGUCUACCAGGGUAAACCUAAUCUGUCAGCCUUGCCCAGCCCUGUGGUGAUGCCAGGUGGGAAAGUGACCCUACAGUGUGUCUCAUCAAAGCCAUUUGAUUGCUUGGUUAUAACUGGGGAAGAUCAGAAUUUCUCCAGCUCACCCAAUGCACAGUGCAUUCACACUGGACAGUCCAAGACUCUGUUUCUCAACAUCUCUGUGACAUCCAAUAUGCGUGGACCUUUUAGAUGUUAUGGAUACUACAAAAGUAGCCCAUACAUCUGGUCAGAGGCCAGUAACACUCUGGAGAUAUAUGUCUCAGCACCAGCACCAGAGACCAAGAGUGAUCAUACAGUGGAGAAUCUCCUGAGGAUAGGGAUGGCCAGUUUGGUACUUAUAGUCCUCGGAAUACUGGUGUUUGAGUCUUGUCAUGGCUCUAGACAUGUUCAUCACGCAAAAGGAAUGGGAAUGGGGGAUACAGCAAUGCAUCCUAUGUAGUGUCAUGGGCUAGACAAUAAAUAUGAGAAUUCUGGGUAGUUUUGUAAGAAAAUACAGUGCUCAUCUUGGAUAACUACUGUAGAAAACAUAUUUGGAAUAAGCAUUAAUUGAGUAAAGGGAAAUGCCUGGAUAUUGGGUGGAAAACUCUUCAUGCAUACAAUUGAAUUUAUUCCCUUACAUCUUUCUGUGGACAUUUCCUGAGGAGAUCUUCAUUCCUACUCACCUGCACCAUUGACCAGGGUUGGGCCCUCAUAUUUGUACAUAUUCUGCUUUGUCUUAUUAUCAUGUAAAACUUUGUAUUAUUUUAAAUUACAAUGUUCUUGCCCA